UAUAACUUUCGUGUAGCGACUUGUCGGAAACUCCCACCAGUCAUUCUACUGCAACGUUAUUUCCUGUAACGAUGAUGUGAGAUGAGAUGGUGCAAGUGUGGUUGUAUUUGGAAACGAUUAAACUUGUGUUUACAAUCCUGAGUGGUCAAAGGGGCAUGAAAUAGGGAGAAAUGCGGGACAGGCUAGUUGAACUGGGAGGUGUUGCCACCAAAGUCGUCCAAGAGGAAGACCGAGUGGAUAAUGGUGAAGAUGUGGACAAUGGUGAACUUGAACAGCAGGCGGUGGUGUUUGAGGGCGAAGAUGUCAUGGAUGACAUCUUCAGAGAAGCCCAAUCCAUCCAGAAAGAAAUCACUCAUCUCAGGAUGGAGGUAAAGAGACUGGGCAAACAAAACACUCGCUUUCUCACCUCCGUCAGACGCAUCAGCAGCAUCAAACGCGACUCCAACACAAUUGCAAAGAGCAUCAAAACAAAAGGGGAGAACCUGUAUGCUCGCAUACAGAAGAUGGCUGCACUUUGUAAAGAGUUGGAGGAGAAACAUGGACCUCAAUCAGCUUUGGUCCGUAUGAUACGCUGCCAGUUCGUCUCAAUAACGGGCUCGUUUCACGAGGCUAUGAACGAAUACAACAAGGCUGAAAUGGCGCAGAGGGACAACUGCAAGACUCGCAUCCAAAGGCAAGCGGAAAUCGUGGGUAAAGAGGUGACUGGAGAUCAAAUUGAAGAAAUGAUCGAGACUGGCAAGUGGAAUGUCUUCUCAGACGACUUGCUCACAGAUGGGCGAACCGCUCGCUCAGCGCUCAAUGAGAUCGAGAAUCGCCACAAGGAGCUUCUGGAGUUGGAGAGUCGCAUCCGAGACAUCCAUGAUCUGUUUUUCCAGCUGGCUUUGCUGGUGGAGGAACAGGGGCUCAUGGUGGACAACAUUGAGGCUAAUGUGUGUGCCACAGAGGACUUUGUGGCCAAAGCGACUACGCAAAUAAAGAAGGCUGUGAUAUAUAAGAAGAAAAACCCUUGUCGACAGCUCUUCUGUUGUUGUUUUCCAUGUUGCAAUAAGUGAUUUCAGUGUUCAUGUUGUGCUUUUUCAUUUCACAUGCAUUUACUUAAGCAAUAGCAUAUUAAUUAAACGAACAACAAUCUUAUCUCAAUGUGCAAUUUACCUUCAUGCGUGUUAAGCAUCAUUCUUGUAUUAAAGGGAUAGGUUACCCAAAAAUGAAAAUUCUGUCAUUAUUUACUCCACCUCAUGGAGUUUGAAAAAGUUUUCCUUCCGCAGAGCACAAAAGGAGAUUUUAGGCACAUUGUCAGCAUCUGCCACCAUUCACUUCCAUUGCAUUUCAUUCCAUACAAUAAAAGUAAAUGGUGACUGAGGCUAAGAUUUGGUCUAACAUCUCUAUUAGUGCUCCAUGGGAGGUUUGGAACAACAUGCGAUAGAAUUUUCAUUUUUGUGCAAACUUAACCAAAAGUCAUGUGAUUUACAGUGGCCUAUGUUAACCUGUAUUCUCAUUUGAUAUAAAGAGGACAUUCAUAACCCAUGUCCUGUUGCCAUGUGCUCGAUGGGUGUCACUGAAAAGUUUUGUGUCUUAACCACAGAAGCUGCAAUGCAAAUUAGUCAAAGUGAUACUGCAAUCUUGUUACUGUUUUUUUUAUUUUUUUUUAUUGCGAGUGUCACAGGACAUUUAGUUGACGUGUAAAAGAUAUUGUAACGGAAACCAUAAGAGAAAAGUGUUUUACAAUGCCCGUGUACAGUACACGGGCAAGCAUCAUACAGAAUUGAUUGUUUUAUUGUCUAUGUUAAAGUGCUUAUGAGAAGGAUCUUGUGUAUAGUUUGUUGUAUUAAUUUAAUAAAAUAUUUUUUAUCUUUCA